UCACCUCUGUCUCUUUCAGCUGUUUACCUCUGCAAAAGAACAAUGCAAAACAAAGCCCGCCUGGAGCUGGCUGACUACGAAGCUGAGAGCUUAGCCAGACUGCAGAGAGCGUUCGCCAGGAAAUGGGAGUUUAUAUUUAUGCAAGCUGAAGCACAAGCAAAAGUUGACAAGAAGAGAGACAAAAUUGAGAGGAAGAUUCUGGACAGUCAAGAGAGAGCUUUCUGGGACGUACACAGACCAGUGCCUGGAUGUGUGAACACAACAGAAGCCGACAUCAAGAAAUCCUCGAGGAUGAAGCAGCCUCAUAAAACAAGAAAGUCUGUGUACGGCCUCCAGAAUGACAUCCGGAGCCACAGCCCCGCCCACGCCCCCGCUCCAGAGGUCAAAGAGCCCACAGAGGAGGAGAUGCGUCACCAGAUUCAACACUGGCAAGCCCAACUAGACAGGCAUCGGUUAAACAUGUCCAAAGUGGCAGAAAGCUUGCUGAGCUACACAGAGCAGUAUGUGGAGUAUGACCCCUUCUUCACCUCCCCGGAGACCUCCAACCCCUGGAUCUCUGAUGACAUCACCAUCUGGGAACUGGAGACCAGUAAGGAGCCGGGCCAGCUGAGAGUGAAGAGGUGGGGCUUUGGGAUUAACGAGGUGUUGAAGGAUCCUGUUGGGAGAGAACAGUUCCUCAAGUUCCUGGAGUCAGAGUUCAGCUCAGAGAACCUCAGGUUCUGGCUGGCGGUUCAGGAGGUGAAGAAGAGGCCGAUUCGGGAGGUCCCUACAAGGGUCCAGGAGAUCUGGCAGGAGUUCUUGGCCCCCGGGGCCCCCAGUGCCAUUAACGUUGACUCCAAGAGCUACGACAAGACCACACAGAAUGUCAAGGACCCCGGACGAUACGCCUUCGAGGACGCACAGGAGCACAUCUACAAGCUGAUGAAGAGUGAUUCCUACAGCCGCUUCCUCCGCUCUACUUUCUACCAGGAGCUGCUACAGGCCAAGAAGAAGAAAAGUAAGAACUUAUUCUGAGGAACUCCAUUUCCAGAGUGGGACAGGUGUGGCUCCGUGACAACGAUCACAACAGCAGCGGCUCACCGACGUGACUUCGGCUCCAACACAGUGGCACCAACACAGUGGCACCAACACAGUGGCUCCAACACAGUGGCUCCAACACAGUACCCACCUAUAAGCCAAUGAGGAAACAGCUGCUAUGUGGGCAUCUGGUAUCGCUGGGUUAUAAAGUUAGAUCUGAUUGAAUCCAGGCCUUAGGGAUCUAUGUUAUAUGUAUCGCUGAAGCAUUACAGAUCACAUUGAUAGAACAUUUUAAAGGUAACCUCUGAUUGAGGGGACAUGUGAAGCGUUUACAGUGAAAUGAGCUAACGCAGAAACAUUGAAGGUACAUUUCAAUUGGGUUGGGUAACAAUGAACUUCACGAUACUUAAUUGAAUAGACUCCUUAUUGAAUCCUUAGUAUCAAUCCUCUGUCUAUUUGUCUCCUUUUUUUUUAGGUCAAAUCAUUUAGAUGGAAUCACCCUGGAACAAUGUAAUGUUUUAGCCUUAGGAGAGAGAGGAGAGAGGACCAGAUCAUUUGUACAUUAAUGUAAUGUUUUAGCCUUGGGAGAGAGAGGAGAGAGGACCAGAUCAUUUGUACAUUAAUGUAAUGUUUUAGGGAGAGAG